GUUCGGCACUGGCCGCGAUCCUACAGGUGCUCUUCUUGGCCGCUCGCGAGUGUCGCCGUCCGCCGGAGUAGGGGAGUUAUUUCUGUGUGAGUGUGUGGUGCGGAUCGGCGCGUUAGUUGACCAGCGUGCAGAGCAGACGAGAAGAGAUGAGCAGCUCCGUGGUGCCGAGGCGCCCGUUCGCCACCAAUGGCGGCCCCUCGCCGCCCCCGCGCACCCACCGCCACCACAGCUGGGACAAUCACCUUGGUGAGAAACGCACCACCGUGUACAAGCGGGUCACCCGCGACGGGGUCAUCACCACGCACACCACCUACGACGACGCCAUGCACUUCGCCAAGAACGCGCUGCUCGCUGAUCUUCAGAAUACUGUGAAUCCCAGCAACGCUAGCCCUGGCUACGGAUCUUUGAACGUGAAUGGAGUCAGCAAGACGCUGUAUGACCGUCAUGGCCACUCGACGCUGCCCUCGCAACAGAGAAUCAUCAAAGAAACACUCACGACGACGCAAGCUGCUAAAAACAACAACAACCUUUCUGAGCUGGACACGCUUUUGCAGGACCUGAGCAACGCCCACUACGCAGAAGGGGUUAAUGGAGGCCAACGACCGCCAUCGACAGAUUCGCUGAACCGGCCGACGAUGGACAGUCUGCUGGACGAGCUGAGCGCCGUGCCCAACGGGCAAAAGUCAACUCCACGCCACUUGACCACCACGAUCACUAUCCAAGAGACGCGGACACGCGAGGGUGGUCCAGUGGCCUCAACUGCCACCAGGGAGCUUGAUGACUUGAUGGCAUCGCUUUCCGACUUCAAGAUUAACGCAAGCACGCACCAACACCAAACCGUAACCGACUCACCCUACGCUAAACCAAACAAAGCGUCUUCUAAAAACCAAUUGGACUCGAUGCUUGGUAAUUUGCAGGCCGACAUGAGUAGGCAGGGCGUCAACACCACCCAGAAGGGCUGCUGCAACGCGUGCGAAAAGCCCAUCGUGGGCCAGGUCAUCACCGCCCUGGGCAAGACUUGGCACCCUGAGCACUUUACGUGCAAGCACUGCAACCAGGAGCUGGGCACUCGCAACUUCUUCGAGCGCGACGGCGCUCCCUACUGCGAGCCUGACUACCACAAUCUGUUCUCGCCGCGCUGCGCCUACUGCAACGGCGCCAUUCUCGACAAAUGCGUGACCGCGCUGGACAAAACCUGGCACACGGAGCACUUUUUCUGCGCGCAGUGCGGCAAGCAGUUCGGCGACGAGGGAUUCCACGAGAAGGAUGGCAAGCCUUACUGCAAGGACGACUACUUCGACAUGUUCGCGCCCAAGUGCGGCGGAUGCAGCCGGGCUAUCAUGGAGAACUACAUUUCGGCGCUCAACACGCAGUGGCAUCCAGACUGCUUUGUCUGCAGGGACUGCCGGCAACCUUUCCAUGGAGGAUCAUUCUUUGACCAUGAAGGACAGCCUUACUGUGAGACCCACUACCACGCUAAGAGAGGAUCGCUCUGCGCAGGAUGCCACAAGCCGAUUACUGGUCGGUGCAUUACUGCCAUGUUCCGCAAGUUCCACCCUGAGCACUUUGUCUGCGCCUUCUGCUUGAAGCAGCUCAACAAGGGCACCUUCAAGGAGCAAAAUGACAAACCUUACUGCCAUGGCUGUUUUGAAAAACUAUUCGGGGGUUUUGCAAUCCUGGUCACGCCCGAUCAGCAAAAAUAUGUCUAAAUUUCCACCGCAGAUUAAAAAGUCCACCAAAGCAGCCCUCUGCAAGCGUGAAAACCACCGAGGCUCUGCGCAAAGCUGACAGAUAUCAAAUGAAAUACCAAGUACUUCUUACUUAAACGCACUGCUGCUCUUUCCUCCAUUAAUCAAAGUUAUUACGCACAGUUUAUUUCCUGUUAUUACGUUUCACUUUUAAUUUCUACGUCGACCAAUAAUAUAUAUAUAUAUUAUGUAUACUAGCAGUGCACACUACUUUUGUUCUGCAUUCUGUGCAACAUGGUUUUCCGAGAUUUAAUCCCAGUCAUUUGCACAAGUUAUCUAAUCCAAGUACGAAAUGCGACAAAUCAACUCAGCAUUUUAGCCAUUGUUUUCAAUCGGUGUCAGACAGUCAACCAAUCAAAGAGAUGGAUAUAAAUGUAUUUUCUAGUAGAUUAUAUAUAAUUACAUAUAUGAAAAUAAUGUUUAUUUACUCGCUGGCUUCUGCUGCUUGUAUAAGAAGCGAAAUCUAUCUCACUCUUCACUUCCGUUAAAUCUUUGUCACGUAUUUCUAUUUUCAAGUGCAGUGUCGGUUCUUUGAUACCUCCAUGCCUGUGACACGCCAGUUCUAUUUUUCCUGGACGAUACUUUUCUUAACCUUCUCUCGGUGCCAUUAUAGUAACAAAUCUAGUUCAGUAUAAUCAGAUGUUAACUGCAAAGAUCCGGCACUGCUCUGAAGAGUGCCACUUAUUGACGUGGCUCAGAAUUUGUUGAAAUAUAUUGAUUUUUAAAUAAACUCUUAGUUUAAAAGCCUAUAUGAUAAUAAGGAGAAUAAAAUUUUUAUCAUUUAACAGUUCA